AUACCAUAUUAAUAAAAUAGACCAUGAUCUGCGGAGCAGGAUUGUCAGGUCAAAUAAUGAGCAUUUUGCUGACUUACCCAACCAAUGUGUGAUCUGUGGAGCAAGAUUGGCAGGUCAUAUAAGGAGUAUUUUGCUGACUUACCCAACCAAUGUGGGGUCUUAACAUUUCUUUACAUUAGACUCGGAUAAAUAUUACGAAGCUUUUGGGUUUUGGUUAUUCUGGGAGAUCACUAGUCCUAUGGCUGAAUCAAUCAACAUAGAUGUAGAAGAAGAUGAGAAUUACUCACUGCAGGGUACUUGUAGUGUAGAUCGCUCCAAUCAGAAGGUUAUUACCUUGGAACGCUUUAUUCUUGCUAUGAAUUUUAUCUUGGAGCUUCCAUCAGCUGUUUUUGAUCAGCUAUCCUCUAAGCAUAAGCCCCAAUAUGCUCUACUUAGUAUGAUAAUGUCUUUCAUAGUGUUGCUCAUUUCCAUUUUUGAUCUUGUUUAUAAGGGUCGAAAAGGAAGAGUUGCAUCGAGGAUGAGGGGGAAAAUGCCUUGGUUUUAUUAUCCAUAUCCCAAUCUCAAGCCUUCUGGAAUGUUUCCUGAUAUGAUUGGAUUAGCUUGUGCAAUCUUUCAAUGUGUUUUUACAUCAAUUGCUUAUAGCUUUUUGUCUCGAGGUGCUGAUAAUCCUAUCAACAUAAAUUUUUGGCCUAUAGCUUUUGCCUUUGGUCUAUUAUGUACUAGAUUCUCGGGAAAUCCUCCACAAAGAAAGCUAACCUCACUUGUAAGAAGAGAGCAAAAAUUUACUCUGGCUGAGCUCGCUGCUGCCACCAAUAAUUUCUCACCAACGAACAAGAUUGGUGCAGGGAGCUUUGGCAUUGUUUAUAAAGGGAAAUUACCAGAUGGUUAUCAAGUGGCAAUUAAGAGAGCAGAUGCAGACAUAAAUCGAUGGAGGACAAAGUCUCAGAAGGGUUCUGAAUCUGAAUUGGCAUUCUUGUCAAGGCUUCACCACAAACAUUUGGUUAGCAUUGUUGGGUAUUAUGAAGAUGGGGAUGAGUUGCUUUUAGUCUAUGAGUACAUGAAGAAUGGAUCUUUAUAUGAUCAUUUACAUGAUCAGAACAAUAUUCAUAAGAAUAGUAGUGUGAUCAAUUCUUGGAAAAUGAGGAUCAAGAUUGCAUUAGAUGCUGCUAGAGGAAUCGAAUAUCUUCACAAUUAUGCAGUCUCAGGAGUAAUUCAUGGAGAUAUCAGGCCUUCCAACAUCUUGCUCGACGAGAAUUGGACAGCAAGAGUUUCAGAUUUUGGAUGGUCAUUCAUUCUUCUUGGUUCUCAAAUCGAUUACCGACUAGUGGAUGUCAAAGAAGUAGCUAUCUACAAUGAAUAUGGGCAUCUAAAAUCAGCAGAAAAAAGUGAUGUCUUUAGCCUAGGUGUGGUAUUAUUAGAACUUUUGGCAGGCAAGAGGGCUAUAUUCAAGGAUGAUGAAAACGGAGGCACACCAAGUUUAGUGGAUUUUGCAGUGCCUAGAAUUAUGUCUGGCGGAUUGGUCAAGGUUUUGGACCCUAGGGUUGGUCCGCCGGGGCUUAAUGAAGCAGAGGCAGUGGUGCUGGUUGCAUAUACUGCACUUCGUUGUGUGAAUUUGGAAGCGAAAGAUAGGCCAAGUAUGACUGACGUUGUUGUUAAUUUGGAGAGAGCUUUGUUUCUCUGUAAUGGUAGUAUGGAGGGGUAUUGACAAUGGGAAGAAGCAGACCAGCCAUGUGGUUGUAUGUGUUAGAAGUAUUAGAUAGUAUAGGAUUUCAGUUUUAUGUAUUUUAAUUCAUUUCAAUUGAUAAAUUUCAGUGAAGUUUUGAAUUCAUUAGACAGAAGAAAAAUAGAGGAAGGAACUUUGAAAGAGAGUUGAGUAGCAGACCUGAAAAAGUUGAGAGUAGUCUUUGUAACAAUACCCAUAUCAGUUGUCUAUUCAGGCAACUUUGUUCUAGGAUCAAAAUACCUCACCACGGAUACUUGACUUCAGAAAGAAGCAUGUUUCUUUACAUAACCACACCCAUCACAGGCCCUGAAUAUGUUCUUAACAAAUAUAAAUCAUAACAUGUAGUUUGCGUUUUGAAUUCUUGGAA